AAUACACCUGUCAGUGUGUCAUUUUGGUUGUCAAAAUCUGUGUUUAAGUUACGAAACGAAAAAAUGCGAAUAUUCGGUUAUUUAGCAAAAAAAGUCGGUGACCUCACCGUAAAAUAUUCAAAUCUCCCCGAAUCCUACAUCAAAAGAAGCUUUGAGCAGGUCUACUGGAAGAAUCCCACUGGGUAUCCUCAGUAUCCGAAGGCUGUAAUAGCUCGUAAGCGUUUCAGGUUCACGACGAAUAGACCGUGGACUGGUCAGUUUCGCCAGCAAAACGAUAGAGAUACUCAUAGGAAAAAGGUGUUUUUGGAGCCUAUUGGGGAAUGGAGCUUCUUCCGCGGAGACCGAGUGGAGGUGAUGGUGGGCAAGGACAAAGGCAAGCAGGGCAUCAUCACACAGGUCAUACAGGAGAGGAACUGGGUCAUCGUAGAAGGCCUCAAUACUCAUCUGAGGACUGUGGGCAAAGAUAAGAAUUUCCCCGGCGUGGUCAUCCAGUCCGAAGCGCCUCUACUGGUCACAACGGGAGUCAAACUGGUGGACCCCGAGACUUUGAAGCCUACGGAGAUUGAGUGGCGGUACACGGAAGAGGGAGACAAGGUGCGAGUGUCAAAAGCCAGUAGCAGAAUAAUCCCCAUCCCCAAGGGGGCCGAAGAGACCAUCGACUACAAGAGCAAAGAGGUGUACAUAGAGAAUGAAAAGAAAGAUACGAAAGCUGAUGUCAUAGCUAAGAUAACUUUCGCGCCAAAACUCAACACCUUCGAGAUGGAUAUCAUGGAAGAAAUGGGCAUCAAGGAAGACAGAGUUCCCGCCAAAUCGUACUGGUACUAGGUUAUUGUAGAUAAAAUUAAAAUUAUUAUUGUAAUGUGAUUCUGUUUGAAAAUAUAGCGUUUUAUUGUA